AUGGAUGGCACAUUGAGGCAGGGUUACUCCCUACAAUUUUGCUGUAUCCCACCAUCUUUCCAGGGCAUCAAGGAAGCCAACCUGUCCUCUCAGGAGGAGGUGGACUUCCCGGCCACAGAGAUUCAACAGCUCCUGCAGAAACAGGCCAUCUCUGUCGUUCCAACCCAUGACAUGUACAAGGGUCUUUACUCCACGUACUUCCUGGUCCCCAAGAAGACUGGAGGCUUCAGACCCAUCCUGGAUCUCCGCUACCUGAACCAGCAUAUUGCAUGGAAACCGUUCCGCAUGCUGACACUCAGGAAACUGCUAGAGCUAGUGCAGCCCGGCGAUUGGUUGACGACCAUAGACCUGAAAGACGCCUACUUUCAUGUUGAGGUGGCCCGGAAACACAGGAAGUUUCUGUGUUUUGCCUUCCAGGGAGUGGCGUACGAAUACACCAGACUCCCCUUUGGCUACUCACUGGCCCCACGCACAUUCAGCAAGUGCGUAGACGCCGCACUGCUAACAUUGCGCAAUCAGGGCAUGAGAGUCUUUUUCUACUUCGACGACCUCAUUGUCAUGGCCAGGUCAAAACAAUGGGCAGUUUUCCACACAGCUCACUUGAUUUUGCAUCUGAACAACCUGGGCUUUGCAAUCAACUGGGAGAAGAGCUCCCCCUAUCCCCGCCAGGAGGUGGAACAGACGUCCCUUCUUCAAGCGGUCCGCAAGCUCCAGCUGAGAACUGCUGUGACGGCGCUCUCAGUAAUGAGGCUGCUGGGGCUCAUGGCAGCAGCCCAUCCAGUAGUUACCCUGGCCCUGCUACACAUGCGGCGGCUACAACGCUGGUUUACCAGCCUGCAUCUAAACCUCAAGAGGCACAAGCGAUGCAUGGUGAAGCCCCCCCAGUCAGUACAGAGGGACCUGCGGUUCUGGGGGUUCCCUCAUCACCUGAGGGCGGGGGUACCGCUCGGCCGGAUAUCCUCAUACGUUUCUGUGUUCACGGAUGCGUCUCUGACCGGAUGGGGAGGGACCUGCCUGGCGAGAGCAGUGGGUGGUGUGUGGUCUCCUGGGGAGAGCCGACACAUCGACCAACUGGAGCUCCAGGCGGUGUUUCUGGUCCUCCAGCACCACAAAGGCCUAGUCCAGGGCAGGCACGUGCUGGUGAGGACAGACAACCGCACGACAGUCUCCUACAUCAUCAGACAGGGCGGAGUCCGAUCCGCAGCUCUUUUGACGUUAGCAGAGGACCUAUGGACGUGGGCUGCAGCACACUUGCUGUCUCUGAAGGCCCUUCACGUCCCAGGCUCGGAGAACAGGGGGGCCGACCUCAUGUCGAGGGACGGUCCCCCACAGAGCGAGUGGAGACUGCACCCCGAUAUAAUACAGCAGAUCUGGUCUGGCUUCGGGACGGCACAGGUGGACCUGUUUGCCAUACGGCACAACACCCACUGCCCGCUGUGGUUCUCGAUCCUACCACAGGACAGCCAGCCCUUGGCACACGUGCCGUGGACAAAAGGGCUGCUGUAUGCUUUCCCCCCACUCCAUCUCAUCCCCCCCCUGCUGGAGAGGGUGAGACAGGAAGGGUUGUCAGUCAUCCUGGUAGCCCCCAGCCACAGAUCGGCGGGGUGGUAUGCAGAGGUGACGCAGCUGGCAGUGAUGGAGCCCUGGCCUGUGCCUCAGGUCUGGGGGGCUCUGUCACAGGAGUCAGGCGCCAUAGGCACACUGCCGGUGCUCGGCCAACCUCUCCAGGGCCUAAUGGAGAAGGGACUGUCACACUCAACCAUUAAGGUGUAUGCGGUAGCUAUCUCAUCUUGUUAUGAGGGGUUUGGCGACAGACCUGUCUUCACCCACCCCCUCGUGAAGAGUUUUCUGCAGGGUGUGAGGAGACAACGACCGGUGCUACGUGUCUCUGCACCCCAGUGUGACCUGCCACUGAGGGUGAGUGAGCUGUGCGCCCUGUCGGUUCAUCCCAGCUGCAUGCUGCUUCGUGGUGACCACAGUGCAGCAGUGUUAAGACCGAACCCCUCCUUUGUUCCUAAGAACAUAAGAAGCUCGUUCAGGUCGAGGACCAUACAUUUGGAUGCCUUACACCCUCCGACCCACCCUGGGCCUAGGGAGGCCUAUGUGCAGGCGGGGAAAGACCCACCCUUGGUGGUCCGGGCUCACUCCACACAGGGUGUGGCUGUGUCAACGGCCCUCUUCAACGGGGAUCUGUGCUCGCAGGUGCGACUCAGGAUCUGUGAAGAAGGAGACUGGUGUCUACCAUAG